UCUUUUGAAGGUAGAGAGUAACUCUAAAAAAUGGCGAAUAACAACACAAAAGUAUCGAAAGAAAGCUCCAAGAAAGAAAAAGACAAAGAUGGAGUAAAAGUAAUUAAAACUCCUGUCGACUUACAAAGGCUCAAAUUAGAAAAGUUGAUGAGUAAUCCUACCAAAGAAGUUGUCAUACCUGAAAAGUCCAAAGAAAAAGCACUGAGGGCUCCUUUGGAAUUCAUCAGAAAUAUUUGGGGAUCCAGUGCUGGAGCUGGCAGUGGGGACUUUCAUGUCUACCGAGGUGUCCGAAGGAGGGAAUAUGCUCGUCAAAAAUUUAUCAAAGAAAUGGCUGAUAAGGAAGAAGCUGAUUUAGCUUACAAGAAAAGUUUGGAGCAGCAUAAACUUGAAGCUGAACAGAGGACAUCUAAGAAGAGAGCAAAAAGAUUAAAAAAGAAAGAGAAACUCAAAGCCAAGAAAAUGAAAAAGAAAACUGGUUCAGAUUCCAAAACAAAGUCUGAGAGUGACAAUGACAGUGACGCUUCUGAAAGUGGUGGUGAUAGUGAAGAAGACCAAUCAGUCAGUGAGGACAACAGCAAUCAUGCUACAGCCCUAUCCAAUCAUGCUACAUCCAAUCCUGAUAAUGAUGCUCAGUCCAACCAAGAUGAUGAAAGAACUCAUAAUGAAACACAAUCAAGUCACAAAGGUGAAUCUAACAGAGAUUAUACACACCAGAACAGCCCACAGUGCAAUGUUGAAAGUGAGGACAAUGCAACAACUUAAUUCUCAACUUUACAUAUUUAUUGAAAAAACUAAAAUUAUUGGUAAAUUCUAUUGUAAAAAUGAAGCCAUCAGGACAUCAAGAACUUGACAGUUCUUUUCUGAAGUUAACAAGAUAUUUUUGUUAAAGAAUAUGUUUAGACAUUUUGAUCUGCUGUUUUUUUUUUUUAGAACAAAUGUUCUGUCAAUUUAGUUCAUUAAAUGUUAUGUCAAGUUAGUUCAUUAUUGAACUUUUACUUUCAGAUGAGAUGAGAAAAAAUAUGAAAGUAAGAAAAUGAAAUUGUUUAAAAAAUAAUAAUGAGCAUGUGGGCAUAAAAAAUGUUUCUGAACUGAGGCCAUUUAAUCAACAUUUUUGGUUAGAAAGCCAAAAGAUGGCUAACUGUUGGCACAGUUAUCAUUUCAUAGGUCAUGAAAUUCAUAAUUUUAAUUAAUCUCUAUAUAAAUACAUUUGUCAUUUGUUGUCAUUUUUAUGUUAAUACAUUAAUUGUUGGCUGUAAAUAAAGAUUAUUUCCAUG